UGGUCAGGUGGACAGAGGGUGCCCCAAAUCCUUUCCUAAGACAGGAAACUACUCUAACUUUAUCCAGUGUUUGCUGCAGGCAGUUGACGCAUCAGUUGUGUCGUUCAAGGCACCGCUCAGACAGUAGAAGGCGAGCAGCCAGGACCUGCUUCCAUUUUUCCUGACCCUUGUUUUUUAGCAGAGGGGCCCAAGCCGGGAAAAGUAGGAUGGGGGCCGGAGCUAGCGCGGAGGAGAAACGCUCCAAAGAGUUGGAGAAGAAGCUGAAGGAGGAUGCUGACAUUGAUGCAAGAACUGUCAAGCUGCUGCUGCUAGGUGCUGGAGAAUCUGGCAAGAGUACUAUUGUCAAACAGAUGAAAAUUAUCCACAAAGAUGGUUAUUCGCUUGAAGAGUGCUUGGAGUUCAUUACCAUCAUCUACAGCAACACCCUGCAGUCCGCCAUGGCCAUUGUGAAGGCCAUGGGCACACUCAAUAUCAACUUUGGCCACUCUGAUCAGCAGGAUGAUGCCAGGAAACUCAUGCAUCUUGCAGACACGAUUGAGGAAGGCACUAUGCCCAAAGAAUUGUCAGACAUCAUUUUGCGUCUGUGGAAGGACUCUGGCAUUCAAGCGUGCUUUGACAGAGCCUCUGAGUACCAGCUCAACGACUCAGCUGGAUACUACCUGAAUGACCUGGAGCGGCUGGUCCAACCCGGGUAUGUGCCCACUGAGCAGGAUGUGCUGCGAUCAAGAGUGAAGACCACUGGUAUCAUUGAGACUACGUUCUCCUUCAAAGAUCUCCACUUCAGAAUGUUUGACGUGGGUGGCCAGAGGUCAGAGAGGAAGAAGUGGAUCCAUUGCUUCGAAGGUGUCACCUGUAUCAUCUUCAUUGCUGCUUUGAGCGCCUAUGACAUGGUGUUGGUGGAGGAUGAUGAAGUGAAUCGAAUGCAUGAGAGUCUACACUUGUUCAACAGUAUCUGCAACCACCGCUACUUUGCCACCACAUCCAUUGUACUUUUCCUCAACAAGAAGGAUGUGUUCAUUGAGAAGAUCAAGAAAGCUCAUCUCAGCAUGUGCUUCCCCGAAUAUGAUGGACCCAACACCUAUGAGGAUGCUGGUAACUACAUUAAAUUGCAGUUCUUGGACCUGAACUUGCGCAAAGAUAUCAAGGAGAUCUACUCGCACAUGACCUGUGCCACGGACACAGAGAACGUCAAGUUUGUGUUCGAUGCCGUCACCGACAUCAUCAUCAAAGAAAACCUGAAAGACUGCGGUCUCUUCUAAGAGCCAAGCAGAGACACCAAGUUAAGGGUGUUGUUGCAGCCCUGUCACAUUCCACAAGCUCCUCCUAACUGAGGACUUCAGAUAGAAACCGUCACAUCGAAGAGCCAUCGUCGAAACCAGCGAAUGCAAAACAGAAAAAAUAAGAACAAUUUAAAACAGAAAUCUAUUUGUUGUGUUCUAACUAACUGGUAGCUUUGACCAAAGACUUCUUGUCAACUGAGAUUUGAAGACAGCUCUUAAGUCAGAAAAUCCUGAGCAGAUUUCAGAUGAGUUGAAUUUUUAGUCGAGCUAAGUUUUUUCUUUUUUCUUCAGUCUCCUGAACUCAUCUUUGAAAGGCCAUUUAGUGAAGACAUCAAAAGCUUAUAUGUCAGAAUAAACUGAUAUCUUGUCACAUGCAUUGUUGUGAAUAGAUGUCCAGCUAAUGCCGUGUCUACGUGCUCCAGUAAGCAGUCAGUAUACAGCCAAAGAGCAAACAAGACGGCCUCACACCUGCAAACGCACUUCAGCCUCUGUUAGAUCCAAAAUGAACUUGUCACUAGAAAUGGCUUUAAUGUGUCGACACACACACACACUCACAACUGUACAGUUUUUGUAGUAUAAUUUAAGGAAGUCAAAAAUGUUAUUUUCAAAGAAGCACUAGAAAAUGUAAGUUUUGCACUAGUUGAAAAGGGCCAGUGUAUAUAAUACAAUUUGAUUUAUAUCGGACAGUUAAUGAUGUUUGAUAAUAUAAUGGUGACCUGUAACAUUGCUGAUUGAUAGAUGUGUCUAAGUUUAAUUUGAAAAUUCUUCUCUGAAAGCCUUUGAAAGAACUGACCUGUACAGAAAUGACACAAAAAUGUUCAUCUCAAUUAAACCUAAUAAAGCUUCUGUAGAAAACUCAUUACUUCUUGUAUUAUUUAUUUGACAAAUUAGACACACAGGGAUGUCUUUUUCUCAAUCAUUUAUUCAUUUUGAAGAAUUUUUUGGUCUCCUUUAAGCGCCCAGUUCAAGGCCGCAGUUUUACAAAGAGAAUAAAGAAAUAUUUAGAAUCUACUUUUUGGUUUUCCCCCUUACUUUUGUGUCUGAAUCAACCAGAUUAGACAAUGCUUCAAGAAUGCAAUUGUAGUAAUUACAAUUUACUGAAGUUUUGCUUGCAUAGUAGCAUCAAUGCACAGGGAAGACCUAAUUAGAAACAUGAGUGUAAACAAAA